CCGUCUCUUGCCGCCGACAUUCUUCCAUCCACCUCCACGUGCCCCUCGCGUCGCCCAUUUUCACCCUGUCACACCUCUCGCUCCUCGCCAUUGGGUCGUCGAUCUGUCAGAAUACCCCUUCGUCGCUCCCUCCUUCCUUCAAGCGGGCCCUCCGGCCUAUUUUGAGCACCGGCCCGAAACUGUAAUCGGUCGACAGAUUGCGGAGGAUCGGACAUACCAGGAUCGAUUCUAGAGCGGAGUCGAGGUCAUAAUGGAGCCGCUUCACACCCUGGUCGCCAGGGACACCUGUGAAACUGGCAAUGGCUACAACGGCCACAUGGGCCUGCGGAUCUCGUCCGUCUUUGUCAUCCUGAUCGGCUCGACCUUUGGGGCCCUCUUCCCCGUCAUGGCGCGGAGUUUCGGAGACUCCAAAUUCGCGAAAUGCGCCUUCUUCGUCGCGAAGUACUUUGGUUCCGGCGUUAUUAUUGCCACGGCCUUUAUUCACCUGCUGGCACCCGCUGAAGAGGCCUUGAACGACUCCUGCCUGACGGGCCCGAUCACAGAAUAUUCAUGGGUGGAGGGUAUCGUGCUCAUGACCAUCGUAGUCUUGUUCUUCGUCGAGCUGAUGGUCAUGCGGUAUGCUCGGUUUGGCCACGGCCAUGCUCACGAUUCGGAGGAUCACGAACACCAGCAUGUGGUGAUGGAGCGUGUCGUCUCGCCCUCCCCUGCUGAAUCAGUCGAUAUUAAGGGCCAUAUGCCCGGAGAGGAUCACUUGGGCCAUUCCCGCGAACAUCAUGAUGUCGAACUCGGCAACAAGCAUUCCGACCUGGAGGAGUACAUGGCUCAGUUGACUUCUAUCUUUAUCCUGGAGUUCGGAAUUAUUUUCCAUUCCGUCUUCGUUGGCUUGACCUUGGCGGUGACCGGCACCGGGUUUGUCACACUAUAUGUUGUUCUGAUCUUCCAUCAGACCUUCGAAGGUCUGGGUCUGGGAUCCCGUCUGGCUACGGUCCCUUGGCCUCACUCCAAGCGAUGGACGCCGUACUUCUUGGGUCUCGGGUUCGGUCUUUCCACACCCAUCGCCAUCGCCAUCGGUCUGGGCGUUCGUAAUACCUAUGCGACCGAUGGUGCCACGACGUUGAUCGUCAGCGGCGUCUUCGACUCGAUCUCCGCGGGUAUCCUCAUCUAUACCGCUUUGGUCGAGCUCAUGGCUCAUGAGUUCAUGUUCAGCACGUCGAUGCGAAAAGCACCCAUACACAUUGUUUUGGCUGCGUUUGGACUGUUAUGUCUGGGUGCUUGUUUGAUGGCCUUGCUUGGUAAAUGGGCUUAAAAUCGUUGCCGGCUUACAUGCCUUUUUGUUCUUUGUACAUAUAUAUAUAUAUAGACAUUAUCUGCCCGAAAAGUUGAAUGAUGC